AUGCCGGCCGGAAGCGGCAUCACGACUGACACGGCCAAGGUUCACAAUGGCGAUGCUGCACUGGCCCUGUCUGUGAGCUUGGAGGCAAUGCACCAGGGCUUUAAACAAGGCGAGGAGGUGACACUCCUUCAAAAAAUCGACCUGAUGAUCCUGUCCUUUCUGGCGGUGUGCUAUGCACUCUACUAUGGGAGUGGCAGCCGGGCAACGAAGGGGAAAAGAAGAAGCGACUCAUGGCUGUAUGUUAAGAUCGACAAACCCAUCCUCUCCUAUGCUGCUAUCUUCGGCAUUGAAGACGAUCUCAACCUCUCGGACACGGAAUAUUCGUGGCUCUCCAGUGUCUUCUGGGCUCAUCUGCUCCUCUCUGGCCAGCUCGUAUAA